UGCGCCGUUAGUGAUAGAUGCGAGGUGGGAAAAUUCAUUCUCUCGUGCCUGUGCGAACCUGCAACAUAAACAUGAUUUUCAGAAAUAUUUUGUAAGUUUACGGCGCUUGAAAACCGGACACACACUCUUCAGGUCUUCAGUCGUUACCCUUACUCGCCUGUGCAGCAUGAAGAUUGCAGUGGAGGGCUGUUGCCAUGGAGAACUGGACAGGAUCUACGAGACCAUCGGCUACUUGGAGAAGAAGGAAGGGGUGAAAGUGGACCUGCUGCUUUGCUGUGGCGACUUCCAGGCAGUGCGAAAUGAGGGAGACAUGAAGUGCAUGGCAGUGCCAGCCAAGUACAGAACGAUGCAGACCUUCUACAAAUAUUAUUCUGGAGAGAAGAAGGCUCCAGUCCUCACCAUCUUCAUUGGAGGGAACCACGAGGCUUCCAACCACAUGCAGGAGCUUCCUUAUGGGGGCUGGGUGGCACCCAACAUUUAUUAUCUGGGUUAUGCUGGUGUUAUUCGCUACAAAGGGAUCAGAAUUGGUGGCUUAUCUGGAAUCUUCAAAUCACGUGACUACAGAAAGGGUCACCAUGAGUUCCCUCCAUACAACCCUGAUACUCUUCGAAGCGUAUAUCACAUCCGAAAUAUCGAGGUUUUCAAAUUAAAACAGAUCCAGAUGCCCAUGGACAUUUUCAUGAGCCACGACUGGCCUCGUGGAAUCUACUACUAUGGGAGCACAGGGGAAUUGCUGCGAAAGAAGAAGUUUCUGCGUCAGGAAGUGGAGUCAAACACUCUGGGAAGUCCUGCCGCUGAAGAGCUCCUGGCUCAUCUUCAGCCCAGCUACUGGUUCUCUGCACAUCUUCAUGUGAAAUUUGCUGCUGUUAUGCAGCAUCCGCCUAAAGGUAAUGCUGCCCCACGUGUAACCAAAUUCCUGUCUCUGGAUAAAUGUUUGCCCUAUAGGGAAUUCUUACAGAUUGUGGAUGUUGCAGAGAGGCCGGGUUCAUCUGAGGGCCUUGAGUUUGAUCCGGAGUGGCUUGCUAUUCUGAAAGCCACAAACGGCCUACAGAGGACCACCCCUCACCCCUGGAACCCUCCAGAGAAUAAUGGCCUCCAUGAACGGUGGGACUUCAGAGCUUCAGAAGCAGCCAUGAUGCAGGUGGUGGAGGAUCUCAGCGGUGAACUUGCCAUCCCGGACAACUUCAGCCGGACUGUGACACCCUACGACCCCAGCAAGCCCCAGCCCCACGCCAACCCCAGCUGUAGCACCAACCCUCAGACGACCGAGCUCUGCGCCACGUUAGGUCUCACAGACAUCUACGCCCAGGUGGGGCAGAGGGGUGAUGCGCUGAGGACAGUGCAGGGCAGUACUGGAGGGGAGGAGGAUGAUGAUGAGGAUGGGAAUAGUGUGGGAAGCGUGGAUGAGCCCAGCGAGUAUCCGACUGACACGUCAGGAUUGUCGAGUUCGUUUAAUCCUGAUGAGAUCACCAUAGAGGAUGAGUGGGAGGAAGAUGGAGAGGAGGGAAAGGAGUCAGAAGUGAAGGGAGAGAAGCUCUCUGAUGCCCCCGUAGGUGAAAUCCACACCCCCAGUCGUAUGGUUCUUCCAGAGCCCAAAUCUGGUGUCUCGCCCACUCGCCUGUCCCACCUAAUGAACCUGCCGCCUCCCUCCCACUCCACCCCAGCAGCAGCAGAUCGCUCCCACCCGGGAGCAGAAAGGGAGGGACUCUGUGAGGGCGGGGACGAGGACGCCUCAGCUGCACGCAUCUUAAAACGCACCAGCGAUGAGACUAGUGAUCCGGGCAGCAGAGGCCCGACUCCCAGAAUCAAACGCAGGAACCAGGUCAUCUACACAGCGGUGGAGGAUGAGGAGUGUGAGGAUUAGGGGUCAGGGUGAGAUGAGGCAAAAGGUGAGGAUCAUUCCAUACCAUUAGUUUAUAUUAAUUUGUAAAAAAUUUGCCAUUAAUUUAUGCAUUUACUACCUGCUUUUUAUACAGCCUCCAACAUGAGUUAUACAAGGCAGAGUUAAUGAAAACCCUAACAGCAGGCUGAACAAGACAAAGGAGCAUUAGUUUCUACAGAAAGAUAAUUACAGCCAUGAAAACUUUUUCUUUGUUAAAAUGUGAUCGCCUUUUUUAUAUAUUUUAAUCAAACCAAGAAAAUUUUAGAGAACAGAUUUUUUGAGUUCUGUGUUUAAUUUUUUUGUACAUGUAACUUCAAGACAAUAGCAAAUGAUUAAAGAGGCUGGAAAAUCAAAAAUAA